AUGGAAUUUCCUCAGCAAGCAAAGACACCGCCUCCAAAAAUUCAUCGGCGCUCAGCUUCCCUAGGUAUCGAAAGAAGAUGCACACCUUCCCGUGCGCUGUUUGAGGAUUUGCCUACAGCCCACUCGUCCAUCACCUCAGGGGUAACCAGCAAGCACAAAUUUGCGCAUCCCUCUGGAGACACAGCUUACAGUGAUGAGCACAUACUGCCGUUUCCAGCUACGGCUACUGCUACACACCCCGUAGCCGUACCGUGUGAUGAUCAACCCUCAUCACUGCCGGAAAAUAAGACUGGCCAUGUUGAAGAAAGUAUCCCGAGUCAUACGACAAACCGUGAGGCUUUAGAAGGGGUCUCUACUGUUCAAGAGGGCACAGACAAAGAUUCACAGCCAUGCCAUUCUGAACGCAAGCCUAAUAAGCUUGUGAAGCGUCGUCUGCAUGCCACAAGCGACCGUUCUCCUGGCUGCCCUCGUAUUCACCCAAUAAUGUCAACUUUCCUAAACCGCCGCCAACCAAAUUUGCAUGGUGCACGAGGUCGGAUUGAGAAGCCGAAAACCAUCAGAGAUAUCAUCAAUGGAACGGGUAAUACGCGAUCAGUAUCCUCCCUCGACGAGAUAGAACAACAAAUUCAAAUGACACCAGCAACGCAGUAUCCCCAACUAGACUCUGCACAAGACGAAUCUGAUAACUUUGUCAACCACUUCCAUGGGGCUCCUGCCACUCACCCAGACAAUACGAGUGUUAGAGAUGAAAUCAAGACCCCCGAAGAUAACUAUAGCGAAUCACCAAGUUUCCUGUCAUCAGGACUUUCUCCAGAGGAUAGCAAGCGCCUUGCAGAAUGGAAAUCUUUUAUACUCACUGGCUCAACCGACCACGUUUCUUCCGAAGAACUUCCCAGAGACUUGCAAAGAACAAGCAUAUUUGGUCCCAAUUUCUCCCGGCCAAUGUCGACUCCUCGCUUUAGACGCCGUAUAUCUAACCGUCGGGCUGACCGUCGGCUUCGGGUGUCUUGUACGGCUCCCCCUACGAACGUUCCUCAUUCCGGUCUUUCUGAACAGCCUGUCUCACCUCUGCGUUAUUCUGGAUACAACCAAUGGCCACAAAAAGAGAUGUAUAAUUUUUCACUAUCCCCAUCUCAGCCAGUAUCCCCUAUCGACAAUGGGGCGUUCAUCGGGACAGGAGCAUCUUCUGUGGAUUACAUGGGCCCAGAGAGCAGCCAAGGUUCUCCCAGCAACAGGUUCAGCCAGCAUACGGUAUCGUCAAUGGCAUUAAGGUCGCCUCAGCGCCCCAAAUCUAUGUUACCUUUCGAGCCCAUAGAGAGCAAAGACUACCAUCCAUUUUUCCAUGCACAUCUCGGCAGCCAGCGAUCCAAGAUGAAACAAAAAGAAAUCUCCACGAGAACAGCAGGCCAUAACAGAAACCGGAGUAAUAACACCGUGCUAGAUGUUGACAGUGAUAUCGAGGAAGAAGGAAGCUCCGAAAAGGAUUGGGAAACAGUUACUGAAAGCCAGCUGUUCAAUACCCGAUCCAGAAAUCCGAUAUCGCAUCUUGAAUCAGGAAGUAGUUUGGCUAAUUAUUCUAGUGCUGGGAAUAUAGCGAGCGGAGGUUUGAUAGAUAUACCCUCACAAUCGUCACUUCAAGGACGUAACAUGCGAUCUACCAUGAACAGUAGGUCACAUAGGUUCCGCAGGCCAAGCUGGAUGCAGACCUCUAGCCAACGUCGAAUGCCCGAGAUCAGCGCCCCAAGCUUCCCACGACACUUAUACUCGAUGUCAGAGCUACCUACGGACCCAGAAGCGCUCUAUAGCUCUGCACCACCCUUGAUGGCCUCCACAACGCAGCACCCUGCACCACGAGCAGCAUCAUACUCCCAUUAUCAACACCCAACCCCCCUUAGAGAACCCCAUGCGAACCCCUUCCGAUCCACGCCCCCAUCCCUUGUCGAGCAAACGAGUGGGAAUUAUGGAAAGGCCGGACGAGAAAAAUCCGGCUUUGUGUCUGCAAUUCGCAGCAGUAAGUUGAACUUUCAAGAUAAUAACAACAACCCAUUCAACUCUGGCCUCAGAGCUGGCCCCAUUAGAAGCUUGCACCCUUUACCCAGCCGUGCAUCAAUGGAAACCUCUGCAUGGUGGACAGAAGAAUCCAUGAACACUAUGAAUUCCCGACGCUCCUUUCAUAAUGCCCCCUUUUCAUCAACCACCAGAGGCGUGGGCCAUAAACCCCCCCUUCACGCACACAAUCUCUCAAAUCACCAUCAAACUAGUAUUACUCAAGAUAUUCCAGCAACUGACAUCAUUAACAGUAAAAAUCCCCUGCCUGUGACAUCCCACACUGCGCGUCCUUCCUCACUUGCACCCCGAACGCCCCACGCGGUAGAUCAGGAUAUCGAACUUGAUAACCUUACGCGUACUCGCGAUAGAUCAAAAAUCAUUCAAUCUCGCUACAGCUCAUUAAGCAGUCUUGUAACUGCCGCCUCAGCCCCAAUACGUGCACCUGGAUCUCUCUAUCUUUCUAUCAGAUCAGCACGCGACCGCGCCGGACACCACCGCCAUAACCGUACGCUGACGAACAAUUCAACAUCAACGACGAACGAACAACUGCUUCCCGCAAGACCAGACACGCGAGCCUCAUCUAGAGCUGAAAGCCAACGCGACUUCAACAUGGACUAUAACCCUAGAUCUGCACGGGUGUCUAGUCCCAUGUCCCUCUUCGCCAUGUCGCCUUCGCUAUCUAGUCGACCACCAACACGCAGCCAGAGCGCGAGCACGUCUAGAAAGAUUCGAAACCCAAAGCCAGACGACCUUCUUCGCGAGCGUCUGGAUCGGAUCGAAACGGCUUCCAUCGUGCUGUCAAACCAUUCACCUUCGUUGCAUGAGUCGUGUGUUCGUUCGCCCUGGACAACUUGUCAGCCAGCCAAGCAGUUUACCGUGAGCCGAGGAGCAUCGUCCUUUUUUGCUACCAUCGACGAAGAAACAGCCAUUGCACCAGCGGAUGCGUACUGUUCGACUUACGGACGCCAUACCUUUCCAGAGCCGCCUCGUUUAUCUCCACAGCCAUACCGUGGUCCACGGCAUCAGCUUCAUCAUCAGGAGCAAGAAGGAGGCUAUUCUGGCUCCACUGGGGGAACAGCAACUGGGGGCGGAAAUCUCAGCGCCCAACGCCGGGUUGGAAGGCAGCUUAUCAUUUUACUUUCACUUUUCGUGCCUUUUGGGUGGUUUGUGGUGGCAUACAUUGGGUUUGACGGCGACUUGGCCGAUUCUUUGAUCCGGUGGAGGUCCAACGGAGCAAUUAGGGAGUUUCAUGUUAAAGAGAAGUAUUGGGCCAGCCAGUUGGCAGUUUCAUACGCCGUGUUUACGCUUAUUGUGCUACUUGUGGUGCUCACAGUCUGCUUAACCGCUCUGUGA